CAAACUGCGCACGUCAAUACUCGAGCAGCCGGCAACAUGUGGAGGUGUGCAGUACUGCUGUCUGUCUGUUGGGUGGGACUAGCUGCGGGGCAGCUCGGACUAUACGAUGAUGAUCCAUUUUCAUUUCAUAUGGAUUGUGGACCAAACGAAUACUUCCAUCAAUGUACACAUAGUUGUCCGCCAGAGCAGACUUGUGAAACACGCAAAAUACAUGUACUUUGUGCAGAAGUAGUGACACCCUGUAUCGCAAAAUGUAUAUGUAAAGAGGGUUACUACAGGAAGACUGAGGGUGGGGAGUGCAUUCCAGAAGAAGAAUGUGGACCAGCAUGUCCUGAAAACGAGGAGUACACGGAGUGCGCCAACCCUUGUAUAGACUAUUCCUGCGCUGCAAUGGGGAGUCUGAAACCGAACUGUACAGAGCCCUGCGUACCGGGGUGUGUUUGCAAAAAAGACCAGUUUAAACAAAACGAGUACUACCCAUGUUGGCCCAAAUGUUAUUGUGAGGAACUUCGAGAUUCUCCCGAAUGUGUGUAAACCCCAUUAUGGGGAAGAUCUACAUUUAAUUAACGUAAAAUUAAUUAAUCUAACAUUUUGUUUAGAACGUCGUCAAUUACAUACUGUAUACUGCUGUUAGUAAAAAGCAUUAAAAGUAAUAGUGGAUUGAGAGAAUAGAAAGCUCAAUAUCUCUGUCGAUAUGUAGAAUAAGUUCGCCUUUUUACCACACACUCACUAUAUUACGUCCAUUUUACUGAAAGCUAGGAAGGUAAGAUACUUAAAACGUGAAAGGGUCUAACAGAUCUCUUACUACUACUAUUUAUAUGGCGAAAUUUUUCUUAUUUUCGUGAAUAUUUAAUGGACUUUGUGUAACAUGGACGCGAACAGUCGUACUUAACCUGUUUAGUUUUCUAUUCUCUCAGUUGACGCUCAAAUGCUGUUUGGUUCAUCAUAUCGUUCAGCUGACGUCUCAAUGAAUCUAUUAAUCUGCAUUGGUAUCUUUGUUCUAUUUCAUGGUAUUUGUUUUAUGCCCAUAAUGAAAUGUACCUAAAUAUUAAAAAAUAAAAUUAUAUAAAUGCCUUCAAAUAUGGUAUGGGGAAGUCCCUUAACGCCGGACGGCACCUAACGCCUUACGCUUGUAUUGUCUGUAUAACUAAUAACGCGAGCGAUUCAAUUUUUAGGGGGAAGUCUCCCAGUGGCAGACACCUAAGAUUUUUAGUAAAAAUUGAAUCGUUUUUUACUGACACGAGGUCAGUAAAAAAUGUAUAAGUUAUCGACAUAAUACCGGCGUACGGUGUUAGGUGCCGUCCGGCGUUAUGGGACUUCCCCCUAUGUGUUUUGUUUGUUAUGUUUUAUUAUGAUCAAAAUAAUAACAUAGACUGUAAAGUCAAAAUCAAUGAAGAAAUGGAAUAAGACCUUGAAAUUACAAAUGACAAAUAUAUUACAAUACACAUAUUAAACUGACCAGUACAAAUAUUAAACUGCGUUAAUUAGUUUAAAAUAAUACAAACGAAUAACAAAAAUAAAAACUUCUAGAAAACAAA